AUGGAUUUGAUUCCUGUACCUGAAGUUCUUGAUAUUGGAGUUUAUAAGUAUGAAGUUGUUUAUAAGGAAAGUGAGAAGUCUGAAUUACAGUGGAAACAAGUCAAAAGUGAUGCGGAGGCAUAUGAAAUGUAUAAUGAUUAUGCAUUUAGGCAUGGAUUUAGUAUUAGGAAAGGGAAAGUUCGAUAUGUUGGUAAUUCAAGUGUUUGGAGAGGUAGAAACAACCUAUAUUCAAAUGUUGGUUUGAAAGAUACUUCUUCUAAGGUGCCUAAGAAGUUUUCUAAGUUGGAUUGCCGUACAUGUUGUGAAGCUUACAUUGAUUUUGUUAUUGAUGAGAAAGGUGUUUGGACUGCUGUUAAACACAAUAUGGAUCACAAUCAUGCUAUGAUACCUGUUGAGAAGAGACAUCUCCUUAGGUCUCAAAGGAAAAUUCAAGGUGAGCAUUUGAAGUUCAUAAGUACUAUAAAGGCUAGUGGGGUUAGGGUUACGGAUUCUCUUCGCGCUUUAAGGAAAGAAGUUGGUGGAUCUCCUAAUCUAUGCUACACUGUUACUGAUGUUUACAACACUUUAGCUACUGAAAAAGCUUGCAGAUUAGAAGGUGGUGAUUGUAAUGCUUUGAUCCAGUCUUUUGCUACAAGACAAGCCAAAGAGAGUGACUUUUAUUAUGAGUUUGAGGUCGGUGGAAAUCAUGCCCUUUGUAGUGUAUUUUGUAGGGAUGGAAGAAUGCGAAGGGAUUAUGAAGCUUUUGGUGAUUUGAUGGUCUUCGAUACCACCUAUAGAACUAACAAAUAUGGCAUGAUUUGUGCCCCUUUUGUUGGUAUGAAUCAUCAUUGCAAUAAUGUCAUGUUUGGAAUGGGUUUUGUUCUUGAUGAAAAGACCAGCAGUUUUGUAUGGUUGUUUGAGGCUUUUAUGAGAUCUAUGGGAAGAUGUCGAGACCCCAUAACCUUAAUGACUGAUCAAGCCCCUUCAAUUGCUGCAGCAAUUCGACAAAUUUUUCCAAGCACUCGGCACCGUUUGUGCACUUGGCACUUUGGUGAGAACGAAUACAAAGACCAAUAUAGGAGGACUCAGAAUAUUGAAAGGGUUUCCAGAAGUAUUCGAUUAUUUUCUUAA